AUAGAAGACCAUAUGGAGUUCUUGAAUCGAACUUCUUGUAGUUGUGAUCACGUCAGUCUGACUCAUCUUUGCAACACCACCACCAUCACCACCACCACCAGGAUUGCUGUUUCCUCGCAUGUUGCCCCUUCGCCUUGAUAUACUACAAACCAUCUAGUUCGUCGUUGAAUCAUCUUCAUUUCCGUUAUCAACAAGAGCCACUAUAGCAGUGCACAUCUUGUCCAACUAGACGAGUUCUUCAGUAAUUCAUCAACAACCAUCUACGUCUACCUAGAUCUCGAUCUACUUAUAAUAUAAGUAGACAAGAAUAAGCAUCUUCUUCAUCAGCGACAUAAAAUCAAACUGCACUUCUACCUCGCGCUAGGCACAUUCAUUCACUCAUUCAAAUCGACAAGAAGAAGCAUCUUCUUCAUCAAGUAGUACAGGAGGAUCAAGGGCAGCUUCACGCUCAACCACGAAACAAAAUGGGCUUCCCGGAUGUGGAGUGGAUGUUUUGUGCUAAUCUUUUUAGCACCAUCGCGUCCAUCCACCUAACACUAUGCCACAACCUUGUGCUCGCGCUGAACGUCAAUUUCCCGGAAGUUACCAAAGUUAAGGCCGCGACCACCGAUGAAGCAUCCUCAACGGCAACGUCAUCCUUGGCUUCUUUUCCUACUUGUGAAAAAGAAGCCCCAUCAUCUUCCAAAGGAUGUCAUGACUCUUAAUAAGGAGGAAUUCUUUUUCUACUUCCUUGAAAAAGAAGCCCCAUCAUCUUCCAAAGGAUGUCAUGACUCUUAAUAAGGAGUGACAAGUGAACAGGCCAACGCCUAAACCACUGAGCCAACUGCGCAGUUGGCUUAGUGGUUUAGGCGUUGGCCUGUUCACUUAUCAGUCAAACUACCGGAAGAUGCCAAAGCCAACGUGUCCUCUAACAAAAAGGGCUUGGCUACUCGACUAAACACGGAUUACAUAAACCAUCAUUGGAUGGUAAUGACGCUUUGGUGGCUUCUAUGCUUUUGCUGUCUUCUAUUAUGGUCACCAGCUGAGCUAUAUUCAUCAGCAUCCUUUUCAUCCUUUUUUACCUGAUUCUGAUCUCAAGAAGAGAUGAACCCAUUUGGAGAUUGAAAUUAUUAGGUCAUCAAGAACUCAAGUGUAAAUAAAUACUAGAACCUUGGCUGGGUAGUCACACUCUAUUUCACACAAGUGGAAGAACUGUCAUCUCGAUCCCCUGAGCGAUCUGGUGGACUACCCUUAGGGCCUUGGGGGGAUUAGAAGACGUAAAGAUUUAGGCAUCUUCUCCAACGACGAGCAGAGCGUGUGAAGACGGAAUAAAAACGCUGCACACGCAUUCCAAUUGUUCCUUAGUACUGCUUCUACCUUCUAGUAGUGUUCUUGUCACGAUAAUCAUUAUGUUCUUACAACAUGAUGCCAUAACAAUCCCAUCGCGGAAGGUGAAACUAGGAUGAUCUCCCUUUUGUUCCUGCCAUCUUUCUGGCGACUUACAAAACCCUAAGGGUAGUUGUCCACCAGAUCCCCUAAGGGUAGUCCAUCGAGAUGAAUAGAAGCCGCCGCUAAUUCUAGUGUGGGCACACAAAAACGGUGACGCGUACGGAAUCGCGGGUAACUGGAUGAAGAUGGUAGCGACUGUCUUUAUGAGGAUUUUUUACAACUUGUUGAGGAGAAGCAAGGACUUUUACUUGAAGAUUUGAUCAUUUAUUAGUAGGACUUUAGACUAUUAAGUAGUAUUACUUGUUCAAGAUUUGAUCAUUAGUAGGACUUUACUAUUACUUGAAGAUUUGAUCAUUAGUAGGACUUUGCUAUUACUUGAAGAUUUGAUCAUUAGUAGGACUUUGCAGCUAUUACUUGAAGAUUUGAUGAGAAGGACUUUAUUAACUGAAGAUUUGAGGAGGAGGACUUUACUACUACUUGAAGAUUUGAGGAGAAGGACUUUACAACUUGAACUAGAGGAUAGAAGCACGACUUAUUUAUAACUUGAAGAUAAUUGAAUAUGGGCUUCUUCUACCAUUUUCAUCGGUUUUAGAGGUUUAGGCCCAUCGAAGCUCUGAAAGAACCUCCUCAUCAUUCUUCUGGAACACCUUCCUUCACGACCACCUCAAGAACCUCUUCUAAUGCAUGUUUUUUUGUGCAAUGUGUUUUUAGUUACAUGGGACAGCCGCCAGUGACAGCGGUUCGUGCUUGGGAAUAUGGUCCCACGACUACGCCUGCGCAGUCUUUUGCAGCUGCAGUCGACGUUGCACCUCCAGUUGUACCAAGUCGUGGUCUACAGGCGCCGCUGAUUGCAGUGGUGCCUCGUGGGUGGUUCGACAAUCCGUCUCCGGCAACCGAGGAUGAGUUCGUGUCCUCUCUGUGCGGCAUUUUGCUUUUUUUCCUGGGUGGCGUCGUGCAUACCAUUGGCUUCCGAAGGCUCUUUGGCACAUUUUACAACAGCACAGUGGUUAAGGCUCCUUGUUCGGGAAAUCUCCAUCUUAGAUUUUCAGAAGCAGCAUCUUGGACCUCUCACAUCCCAUCUUCAGAGGCGCAAACGGAGGUCCACGAUGUUGACCUGCAAGAUUCAGAUGGAUUCGCGGAAGGUCUAAGGUGGUAGGAAUCAUGUGUCUUACGUUUGGAGCGUUGCUUCUGCUGAUCUUCUUCCACCUGGGCGUGACCUUUGUUCCAACAGCAUUUUACGACAAAUGUCCAGAAACGAUCCGAAUCAUGGUCACCCUUGGAGAUGGGCUUUUUUAUGUCAACAUGGGAAUUCGUUUUGGUCGUACUAGAUCAUUAAGAGUACUUAAAUUUUAGAUCAAAGAUGGCUCUAUUGACAUAUAAUUUUUGAGUUCGAGAGAAUAUAUGAUUUCGGUCCUCUUCGGUCUCUUUCAUUAAGUAUGUUGUAGAUCAAGAGUAAUAUUGGUCAUCUACUUAAGAAAGUAGAUCUUCACUUUAUUUUUUGCCGCUGGCUCUAGUACGUAAAUAACACGUAUAAUUAACUAGAUUACUUCUAAUGAAGAUCUACUUAAGUAGAUGACGACUUUGAGUAAUAUGAUGUGAUGUGGCUUGCUAUUAUUCAAGGAAUGGAUGUGAUGUAGGAAGAUGAUGUAGAAGCUGUUGUUCUUGGUGUUCAAGGACAACAACAACUUCUAACUUUUGGUAACAGGAUCAGUGAUCCUCCUAGCUCCGAUGUGCGAUAUCUUGUACGAGAGGGCAAUCGAAAAUGCAGCCAAAAAAGCAACGAUAGUUAAGGCUGGGACCCUACUAAUCCAUCUUGUUCUUCUUGGGUAUAUUGAUAUUAAUAGAGGAACCUAGAAGAAAUCUUCCAUCUUGAUGUGAAACAUCUUGGUGCCCGCUUUCGUCUCCUCAGGAAAGAACCGAUACAAGAUGCGGGCUAAGAUGGGUUUAUUCUUCGAGCCUCUCGUCCUGCGACAUCAGGGAAGGUCUUCCCUCAACCGUAAUAUGCACGACCCACAUAAGUACUUACAAGGGCAAUACUUAGAUACUCGUAGACUCUUUUGGGGGGCAUACUCUUACUCUACUUGAGGGAUCUCGUCCGACACAGGGUCGUUGGGUUUAGGACGAAUCGAAUUCCUCUACUUGAGAGAUCUCGUCCAACACUUACUCGAAAAGUGAAAAUAACAGAGUUACUGACUGAAAGAAGGGAGGCACUAGCUUAUAGCAUCAAGGCUACCCUUCCUUCUCAUCAGUAUCUCGGUUAUUCAUAUUCUUAUCAGUAGCUCGCUUAUUUCAUCAGUUUUUCGAGUAAUAAAAUGACUACAAGUAGCGGAGCCACCUCGGAAGUCCAUGAUCCGGUCCAUCUGAUCCUAAACCCGACAACCCUAGAUGAAACGGCUCAGCGUCAGCGAAGCCUCUCCUUCUAAAGUAGUAGGAGUUGAGGCCUUGGAAGACGAAGUAUACGCACCCAUUAUUAACGGUGAAGCCGAUGAAGAAGCCGCGCCGACAAAUGAAGAGGCCGCGCCGAAAAAUGAAGAGGCCGCGCCGAUGACAACUGCGGGAGGUAAUGAAGAAGAGUCAACGCGGACCUCGCAAGAUCGGGCGGGAACUCCUCUAGAUGCGCCGACCGUCGGCAGAGGCAGUGCGGGUGAGCCUUAGGCUGGAGCUUACACAAAAACAGUAUGUAGUCAGUGUGUUAAGUACACAAAAACUCAACAGUAUGUAGUGUGGAGCUUAAGUACACAAAAACUAAACAGUAUGUAGUGUGGGCCUUAGGUGGCUUCCGAGGCAGCUUAGGAAAGAUAGGAAAUCGAAGAUGGGGAGGAAGUGCUUGUGAUAGGAAAUACAAUCGCUACUAGGAGGAAGAAGCUAGUCGGAUCGAGAAGUACGAAAUAUUAGAUCUUCAGAGCAAGAUGCAAACCUCCCGCUAGGCACAUUCAUUCACUCACUCAAACUGAGACUACACAAGAACAUAUGCGUCUUCAUUCAGGGACUACGAUAUAUCACUGCAUUUCUAUUAUUAAUUUGUAACAAGAUAGAACUGUAUUUCAUCUAUUUCUUGUACAAGGACAACUUGUUUGUUUUGUAUGUAAUGAUUUGAUGCGCUCCACCAGGCAAGGGCGAAGCGUAGUAUCUCGCCUUCUAUUUGUACAAAAUAUUUGAAAACGAAAACGGAACAACUAGUAGUACUAUGUACGUAGUCGUAGUAAUGUACUACUACCACCUUUCUUUUAAUAUAACAAGAAGAAUAUCAAGAACUGUAGUAACUGUAUACUAUACAAAUAAUGUCUAGUUGUAACCAGCACAUAAUCAUAAGAUGGUUGAAAAUCAUAUGGUGCUGUAAUGCACAAGCACGCGGCGAACAACUUCUUGUGGUGUGUUCAGAGGGAAUAACUAUUACAAACCAAAGUAGGACAAAAAUUUUU